AUGCCUACUACUUCAAGAGAGUUCAUAACUGCUGUCUUGACAGAACUCAACCGUGUCAACGUUGCUGAUCAGCCCGCUCUACAAUAUCCGUCUUCUACCACCCGUUCGUCCAGACUGGCUCAGCUGAAGGGAAAAGACGCCGAACAAGCCAGGUCUACCUUCUUAACCCUGCAUUUCUUGUUUCCACAUGAGCUACUACCAGCUCUGGAUCUGCUCGACCGCAAACUCGUUAAGAGGUUUCGAUGUUCACGACCCAGUUCUGAAAGUCCACCUACUGAGGUCUUUUAUAUCCAGUCAGCGUCUGCCGUCACCACGUCCAAUAACCGAAGAUCUGCAAACUCCAGGUUUAGAAAUGCUUGGAGGGCGACCAAGAUCCAUUACGAGGUCAGGCUGGACUCUUGGAACUGCAGUUGUGCUGCGUUCGCACAGGCUGAAUUAAAGAUGCUGUUAGCACGAGCCAAGAUGAGUGGCGAACAGAUGAAAGCUGCGAAGUCGGCACAACGAUCGUUCUCCAGCCAGAUGCUGUUUGGAGGCACUACAACAAGACAUGAUGCAGUAGUGCCGACAUGUAAACAUAUCCUGGCCGCCAUAAUCGGUACUGCAGCACCAAAGCUGUUCGGUGAUGGUAUAGACUCUAAGGAUGUGUCGAAGGAAGAAUUGGCUGCGUGGGCUGCCGGCUGGGGAGAGGCGUGA